UGGGCCACCAGGGAUACCUGUGGUGCCAGAGGAGGGACUAAACUCUACACCACCUCUCUGCACAGGAGGGGCAGUUUUUCUGGCUGAAAGUUAGGCCCAUCUGGUUCUUUCUGAUCUGCACCCAGCGACUACUAAAAUGCAUAAUUGUGCAGGUGUAAUGGCUGCCAUACGAACUCAGAAUAGAGCACUUGUGGUGGAAAUGCAUUGCUGUGUCCAGAUCAUAACUCUCACUCCACUGGUUGUAAAUGGAGAUUGCGAGAGAGCUUUCAUAAAUAUCCCUUCACUUUAACUAACAACACCUGCAAGGAUACGAGUGGACAAAGCAUAAUCAGACUACACACUCCCACUUUGGACAGCAACACACUACUGUAACAAACAACAAAACACAAGGACGACCACUGAGUGACCAGCUAACAGACAGAUUGGCACUUUGAGCAGCCGGGGCUUGAGAUAAAUGGCUGACAAGCAGAUCAGUUUGCCUGCCAAAUUGAUCAAUGGGGGGAUCGCUGGCCUAAUUGGAGUGACCUGUGUGUUUCCCAUUGACUUGGCCAAGACUCGCUUGCAAAACCAGCAAAAUGGAUCUCGCCUUUACACCAGCAUGUCAGAUUGCCUUAUUAAGACCAUCCGGUCAGAGGGGUAUUUUGGGAUGUAUCGAGGAGCAGCGGUGAACUUAACACUAGUCACGCCAGAGAAAGCCAUCAAAUUGGCUGCCAACGACUUCUUCAGGCAUCACCUCUCCAAGGAUGGAAAACUCACUCUGUUCAAAGAGAUGCUGGCUGGGUGCGGGGCAGGUACAUGCCAGGUUAUUGUCACAACUCCUAUGGAGAUGUUGAAAAUCCAGCUCCAAGAUGCUGGACGAAUUGCGGCUCAGAGGAAGCUGAUGCCAGAGACAGUGGCAGCAGGUACUGUGGAGACCAAGUCCCCAACAGCCAUGCAGCUCACAAGAGAAUUACUGAGGGAAAAGGGCAUCGCAGGGCUGUAUAAAGGCCUUGGUGCCACAUUGCUCAGGGAUGUUCCUUUCUCCAUCAUCUACUUCCCCCUGUUUGCCAAUCUGAAUGAACUGGGCAAAAGAGGUGCAGAUGGCCCUGCUCCUUUCUACGUGUCGUUUAUAUCAGGCUGCCUUGCGGGGAGCACAGCGGCUGUCGCUGUCAACCCUGUUGAUGUGAUAAAGACUCGACUGCAGUCCCUGAACAGAGGAAGCACAGAAGACACGUACAGUGGAGUGACUGACUGUAUCAGGAAAAUUAUGCGUAAUGAGGGUCCAGCAGCCUUCCUGAAGGGAGCCUAUUGUCGAGCCUUGGUCAUUGCGCCUCUGUUUGGCAUCGCCCAGGUCGUCUACUUCCUGGGUGUGGGUGAAUUUAUCCUCAGCUUCUUGCCUAAAAAAGACAACUAAGAAGCGGCUCCUUUCUGCCUUUCCCUCCCAUAAUGCAUUACACCAACUGCGUGAGGAUUCAUCUCAUUCUGAAAGAGGUUUUUCGAUUGGUCAAAGCAAUGGCUGAUCAGUUAAUUUUGUUUUUCAUAUUUCAUUGUGUUGAAUGUUGAAAUAGUUUAAGAGGGAGCCUUUGUUUGCCAAGCUGCCUGUGGUGGCACACAAAAUUCCAGUAGGCAAGCUCAGCUAGCUCUCUGGAAAUGAAGCCACAAAUAUCAGUCGAAGUUUUAAACGAAUAUUACUUUAUAAUUACAACAUUUUAUUGCAUUCUGGAAUAUGAUUGUUGAUGUACUGCCCUUUGGUUGCUGCAGUGAUCUACUGAAAAUUAUAACCCCUAACUAGCGAAAUUAAAUGCACAUACCAUACUAAUAUUUGCGACCAUUAGCUCGGGUAGAGUAUUUACUAAAAUGCUGUUAAAGAUUUUCCCCGGAACUUAUGUCUUAAAAGAAGAUAGUACAUUUCGAAGAAGAGCAAAAUAUGCCUCUGUUUCAGACAAAGACCCAGGGAAUGUGUUGAUGCGAUAACAGCACACCCCCUAUGAUCUUUCCUGAGAAGCCACAUCCCUUCCUGUAAGUGGUUAUAAUGAACUCAGCCAUUCAGCUCCAAGCACACUUUGAUUGCCUUGGCUUUUUAAGUAGAUCAGGUUCCAUCUGAUAUUUAGUGCUACCACAAUGCUUCCACUGUUUUGCCUCUGUCAAAGACAGCUCUGUAUCCUGCUCACACACUAGACUGAAGAGACAGUGCACGACAUGUGGGCAUUAUGCACCACCGAUCUACAUGUGCACUUUGUUUAACCUUGACACAGAAUCACAAAAAAUUCUGCACUCUUUUUUUGAGGGUUGAAACUGUCAAACAUGUUGUACUUGAGGCCACACCCCAAUCAGUGAUGUCACAGCAGGGGUUUUGCCUUUGAGGGAUGAUAGAAAACACCUGCUGUGACAUCACUGAUUGGAUUGCGACCAAAAGUGCAGUGUGCUUUAAAAGUUCAGUCCACAGAGAGCAGUGCAGCGGCAGUCUUUCUCUCUCUGUGAUUCAUUGUGAAUUCAGAUGAAAGCAUUAGUUUUGAAUACUUAAAUUGGUCUGAAAGUAAUUUUUAAUAAAAUACCAGAUUAUUAGUAGAUAUUCAGUAAUUAUGCUUAUAGAUGGUCAGACAUCACCUGCCGAGGCCUCAUGAGUACAGUCAUCCACUGUAGAGCGAGUAAGACCUUAGCUGGUGUAUCUCAUGUCCUCUUAGACCCAGACAUAAUUCUUAUUGUUGUUGAUGAGUUGACACUUAAUUUAAAUUAUUUUCUCCAAACUUGAAUUCAGUGGCAGGACCCAAAGAGCUAAUGAAAAACCAUUCUUUAUCGCAAAAUCAAACCAAUGUGUUUUCAGUGUUCUAUGGUUUGUACCAAACAUCUCUGCUUGUUUGCUUUAGAGGUUUCGUUUGCUUUAAGUUGCUGGGGAAAGCAGCCCUGUCCUGUCUUGUUUAUGCAUCACAACACUGAAAGCCCUGCCAUUGGUUUAUCUCACCGGAGAUCAAGGUGACUUUGACAUGUAUUACCCAAUCACAUUCCUUCCUCGCUCCCACUGUUCAAGCAGCUCGUCAGUUGUACUGUCGCACUGUAGAUGCGCGAUGCAACUUUUCAGUGUAUUAUCAUUUGUGGGAGUGAGACCUAUUUAUGAAUAUUCCUUUCUAUAGGCAGUAUAGCACUAUAUAUUUGUAUGUGUCGUUUUUUUUUUUCUGUGUCAAAGUGUCCACCUUAACUAUAUUGUACAUAUGCAGAUGAUAUGAACUUUAUGUUUUAGGAUUUAUUGUUUGUUUUGUACAUGAUGGCUUAUUUGCACA